GGUUGUUCUGAAAUCAGAAGAGAGAUUAGGAAGAAAAACCUUGACAUCUAGACGAAAACCUUCUUCUAGUACCCUUCUGCCAAGAGAAGCAGGAGUGUCUGCAGCCACAGAAGAAAGUACAAAGACAGAAGCAAAAUGGAUAUGGUAUCACCUAUUCCGUUCAGUGUCUUUGCACAAACCAAUGGAACAUCCAGCGGCAAAAACAGAACUUGUUAUGAUUCCGGCAUAAAUGAAGAAGUCCUUAUUUUUGCCAUCUUCACUAUGCUUUUUUGUGUGUUGGGGAUGUUGGGGAAUGGACUCGUGAUCUGGCUGCUUGGCUGCUCUGUUAAGAGGAACACUUUUGCCAUUUACAUUCUCAACCUCUCGGUUGCGGACUUCGGUUUGCUCACCACUGAGCUGAUUAUUGAAAUCCACUGGCUUUUUACACACUUGUACUGUGACUUUCCCUAUGAACUCUUCCAAACUGUCCUGCUGUUAAUGUACAGUACUGGGCAAUUUCUCCUGACAGUCAUCAGCGUUGACAGAUGUCUUUCGGUCCUUUUCCCCAUUUGGUAUCGAUGCCACCGGCCAACGCAUCUGUUCACCACUAUGUGUGUUUUAAUCUGGUCCAUAUCCUUCAUCCUCUCUUCAAUUCACUUCACCAUUAUAGCUGUUGGUGGGUUUGGAAAGAAUUAUACCUUAAUGUAUCAGUUCAUUGUUAAUGCUGUGGUUUGUCUCCCACUUAUGACAAUCUCCAGUGUUGUCAUGUUUAUCAAAAUCUGCUUCAUAUCAAAAAACCAAAGACGGAGAAAGCUUUUGACAGCGAUCUUGCUCACUCUUUUCUUCUUCUUAAUCUUGGCUUUUCCACUAAAUGCCUUUUAUUUUGUUCUGUAUGUUUUCAAUUAUAUACAUCCCAACCUUGUACAUUAUGGCUACUUAUGUACCUGUGUGAACAGCAGCAUUAACCCCCUGAUCUAUUACCUGGUGGGGAGACAGAAGGGUAAAACUCGGAAAAGCAUCAAAGAAUUGCUCCAGAAGGUUUUCAAGGAGGAUGAACUGUCUACAGAUGAACUGGAAACUUCAGACGGUUCCAAGAUCUGAACUCUUUAAUUUUACCAUUGUCAUUCAAAAGAUAUAUUCGUUUCUUUCCAAGCAAGGACAUAAUUUGUUGUUGUUGUUUUAUUUAAAAGAAACUGGUCUUUAUUUCUGCAUGAAUCCAGAAUUUCAGUAUUAUCUGUGCAGACAAUUAUCUUUGUGGAAUAUCAAAACAUUUGCCAACCUAUUUACAUCUAACCUAUUUACAGAGUAUCUCCUACCUUAAGAUUAAUUAGCUUGUUGUAGUUCAGCCUUUCUCAACUUGAGUGGCCUCCAGAUCUGUGUGUUUCAACUUCAGUGUCUAGCCAGUAGGACCACUGCUGAGAAUUUUGGAAGUUUAAGUUCACACCUCUGGAAGGUGUCUAUUGUAGAAAGACUACUGCAUUUCCUGCUGGGCAAGACUCUAAGCCAAGGAUAGGCACGUGUGACCUUCAGAAUUUCCCAGGUUCUAUCAGCUACAUGGCCAGUGGUGAAGGAUAAUGGAAACUCCAGCUCAAGACUAUCUAGAGAAUCAUAUGUUGCCUAGCUCCACUAGACCAGGAUUUACCAAAUCAACUGAAUCAAAAGGAAGACAACUGUUACAACAAGGAAAGACCUUAUAAAAUCACAUUUAAAUGAAAAUGCUUUUGAAUGAUUCCAGAAGAAAGGAAUCAGAGAAAGACUGAACAGGUUUCAGGUGAUAAUAUCUACAAACUGAUCUCUCUUCCUACACAUGUAUAUAUAUUAUACUAAGAGCAAUUAAAUUUCAA